GACACGAGCUAUAUAGCCGAAACAUUUUUGGAAGUGUGACCAAAAGCGGCAGAGACCGAUGUGUGUAUUGUGAUUUGUUUUCUAGCCGGUUGUGUGAAACUGUUUUGCCAUAUUGUGUCGGAGUCGUAGGGGGAUACGUCUGACGUCAUCGUUUUCCCAUAAGAUGGUGUCUUUCAAGGAUCUUCUUUUAAUCGUCUUGGUCUUAGGAAUGAAAAUCAUUGAUGCUAAAUCACGACACAGCCGAGAAGGGAGCCCAUUUUUGGAAGAUGACGAAGAUCACUUCUUAACUCUGGACUUGGACGACGGUCGCACCGACGAUGAGGCUGUAUUACCCAAGGCUCUACCAAUAGGGGAUCCCUGUAAGAAGAUAAUGUGUGGAAGAUGGAGGGAUUGUGAAGCCAACCAAUUGGGCGAAGCGGUGUGCGUUUGCCAGAGGUUCUGCAAAAAAAGGAAGAAACCUGUAUGUGGAUCCGAUGGAGCAUACUACGUCAAUCAUUGCGAACUACACCGGGCUGCCUGCCUGACUGGAAGAGCUAUUACUAUUGACCACAAAGGCGGUUGCUGGAAGAAGAAAGAUUAUGAAAGCACUACAAUAAAGGAGGAUUAUGCUACAACUGAGAAAAGGACAGAAAUGCCAUCUUCGUGGACUAACCUACCCCAACCAGAUUCACGUUCGUCUUCUACCAGCACCACUGAGGAUCCUUCGGAUACUAUACAACAGAGAGAAUGUUCACAACAAGAAUAUGAUUUCAUGAAAGAGAAUUUACUAUUGUACAACAAUGCAAAACUUAUGGAUAGCAAGAAGUCUGGGAAUGAAUAUUUGGUUAGCAUAAUGUUCUCACAUUAUGAUCAAAAUAACAAUGGAUUACUGGAAGCUGAAGAGCUGUGGCAAGCUGCAGAAAAAGAUCAUCUUGGUCAACUGUCUACCUCUUGCAUCCUCGCUGACAUGCUGCUGUUUGAUGAUGCAGAUCAUGAUGGACGAUUGAACAUAAAUGAGUUCUAUCUUGCUUUUAGUAAGUUAUACAGUGUAUCUGUUGUAUCUUUAGACAAAACUCUAGAAGUAAAUCAUGUGACAGCUCGUGUUGGUGAUAAUGUAGAAAUAAAGUGUGAUGUGACAGGAACUCCUCCACCUCCCAUAGUGUGGCGCAGGAACAAUAUGGAUUUGUCAGUGUUAACUGAAGAAGAGAUAAAGGUAUUUGUCGACGGUUCUUUGUAUUUAACUAAUGUUCAGUUAGUACAUGGUGGAAACUAUACCUGCCAUGCUCAACAUAAUAGAGAUGUCAUACAAACUCAUGUUCUACAUGUAGAAACAAUUCCAGAAGUGCAUGCAAUACCAAAAUUACAAUCUCGAGCACCAGGGGAAUUAACAGAAAUGGAAUGCCAUGUGACAGGAGUUCCAUUACCACAUGUAACGUGGUUGAAAAAUGACGAAGAGUUAAGAUUAUCAUCAGAAAAAUAUACAAUUGUUGGAAAUGGAACAGCAUUAAUAGUUGGCAAAAUAACUUAUAGUGACACUGGUGCUUAUAUGUGUGUUGGAAGUAAUCCUGCUGGAACCACCAGGGAUAUUAGCUCUCUUGUAGUUCAAGAUCAACCAACGCCAACAGCUCCAUCUGAAGAACAUCGGUUUUUCGUUCUUCACGACUGGGGCAUAUCAUUGUAUGAUCCUAACAACUGCAGGCUCUAUCAUCAAAUUCAAAGCACAGACAUCAUACCCGGAACACAAGAAUAUGUAUGUGGUGAUCGAGGCACAAAUUGCUCUUGGGGACGUGCAAUUAAUGUGGCCAAUCGUUAUGUCUAUGUAUCGCAGCCAACAAAAGACAGAGUUUUAAUUAUAUCAAGAGUACAGAUGGUUGCUGUGGAUGUUGUCGUAACUGACAAGUAUCCAGUUGACUUACACUAUGUUCCACAUUUAGAUCAGGUAUGGGUACUGUGUUGGAGGAGGACUGAAGAUCGGGGCACAAAAACUAUUCAAAUAAUAAGAGAUGCCAGCCAAAAGAAGAAGCAUCACACAGUUCAUCCUGAGCCUGUUGAUGGCCAUUUUGAUUUAGUUAGUGGAUUGUUUAUACCACCUGUUCAAGACUUAGGCCAUGGAUGGAAGUAUGGAUAUGUCGUGCAUACUAAUCAACGUGGAAUGUAUAAACUGGAUUUACAAGGAAUGAAAUACAGUAAAACAGUUGAUUUAACUCCUUACAAUUGUGCUCCUAAGAGUGCUGAUUUUUCAUCAUUAGGAGGAUUUGUCCUUUUGGAAUGUGUGGAACCCAUAACAAACAAACCUACAGGACAGAUUGUAUUGGAUUAUUUGACUGACAUGGUGCUUCAACAUAAAACCAACUUAUUUGGACAGCCUAGAGUUUCUCCAGAUUCUAGGUAUGCCGUUACAUUGGAAAGAAGUAACAGUAGUGUCAUAAUUGUAGUCCAAGAAAUCACAGAAUAUGGCUUAAAAUUCUUAUUUGAUGUCAAGACCACUUUGCAAAUCAGCGAUAUCACAUUUUUUCCUUCAAGAACUACUCAUAGCUACGAUCUCUAUGCCAGUUCAUCUGUUAAAGAAGACAUCUUGUUUGUCAACCUUGCUGAUGGCAAAGUAGAAAUGAUAACUAGCGUUGGACGUGCAAUGGAUCCACGAUUAGCUAUGUGGGGUAAUACCAACAGACCAAUAAAAAGUGCUGGAGUAUUUGGCACCUAUAUGGUUACCACAGCCAACGAGGCCAUUUUUGUUGUCAAUGGAAAAACAUUAACUGUUAAUUGUGAAAUUGGUAAUCUUGUCCAUCCUCGCAAUAUGGUGUGGGUAAAGUCACCAUGAAUAUGAACAGACAUAAUCAAAGCAAUUACAAAAUCACAUUUGAUUUUUGUGAGAAGUAGCCAGUAACAUACGCAUCAUAACUUAAAUGCUGUUUAUAUAGCAGAAAGUUUGUAAUCUUUCUGCUAAACCAUAAUUCUCUCUGACUAUUCAUUUUUAUCUUCAUUCACAAAUUGUACAAUUUUAUUCAUUUGGUCUUAAAUGGUUUUUCCUUGCAACUUCUUCCUGGCUUAUGGUGCCACAUCUAGUCUGCCAACCCAAGUUGUAUAGGACAUGUACAGAUCUCUCCUUAUUCAGGCUCUUUAGUGCCUGUCAGACAUUUUGCUAUUGGUCCAAUAGUAGUGUUGGUUCUGUGUUUGUGUAAAUUGUGCAAUUAUGCACUUGAAUUUUUUUGUUGACUGCUAUAGAGGUUUCUGUACAGAUUUUUGUAGUGAUUAAAAUAUGUAUAAAUAAUCUAAAUCAUCACAGAUCUGCAAAUAUGCAGUGCAAUUUCAAAAACGGCUUCAUGUGAUUUAAUCUACAAUUAACUUUCAUCACAUUUAUUUGCAGACCUCUAUAUAAUUAUAUGUUUGUCAGUUGAUUCAAUUUUACUAUCAGUAGAUCUGUUAGUGAUAGGAAUUAAGAGUGUUUUAAAUUUUCAGAAGAUCCAUUAUUUCGUCAUGUACAGCUACAAAAUUUUGCAUUAUUUGUAGGCAAUUUGGGAAACAUCAAGAAAUGAAGCUUUAAAAAAAAAAAUUAAAAAAUACCAAGGUGUCAAAACUGUUUAGAUGUCAUUUAUAUCUAUUUAGAUGGUCAUUAUUUAAAUCCCCAAAUGGGAAU